UUCACAACAACUGUUGACCGUAUUCUUGCGCUAGUUAGAGCCAAUCAGGCUCAUCUUCAUUUAGAACUGCAACAACGAUCAGUGGAGUUCUCACGACUUUUGGAUUGUGGUGAUCUGAAGUAUGGACUUCUUGAGCGAAUGCCUGUGAUCACCCACAACUCGUUAAAUGCCGCAGCAGCGCCAAUAGAAGACGGACCUAGUCUUAUUGAAGAUGCCCAGCCAGCUCCUGCCGCUGCUGUACCAACCUCGAAUGUUGACUUGCUUGAUCAGUUGGCUGGACUUGGGGAGCCAGUACCCACUCCUGUAAAGACUAGCACAAAUAACGACCUAUUCGAUCUCAUGGGUGGAACCACUGCUCCAACAAUAUCUGCCACAAACUCCAUCGUUGACGGAAACUUGAUAGGAGCACUUUCUUCGAUGUCUGUUUCGAAUCCCAUUCCACCAGCAGCUACAGCCCCGGUUGCUGAUCCAUUUGACUUGCUUGCUGGUUUUGGCAGUACAGCUGCUGCUGCUCCAGUUGCUACUAUGGCUCCUGUUGCUGAACGCGUCGUUGCCUUAAACAGUAGUGGUAUCGAAGCCCAUAUUAUGGUUUUGGGAGGAGGAUGGUCUGGAGACACUGUCCAAAUGCAGGUCGAGAUCACGAACAAUACACCUGUGCAAGUGCAAGACUUCGCUUUUCAAGCGGCUGUCACUAAGGCAUUCACAAUCGAAUUGCAAACACCUUCUUCUACAACAUUGGAGCCAAUGGGCGGUUCUGUCAUCACCCAAACAGUGAAAAUUACGAGGACGUCCCAUGGGCAUCCGGUAAGGUUUCCUUUAUGGAAAGAAUUGAAUAUAAUUUUAAUGAAGGUGACGUGUUGCGUUUUGAGUUUCUUGUUAUUCCUUACCGAUGUUCUUUGCCUUUUCAUUUUCUAAAC